AUGAAUGCUGACAGCCUCUCCGUCAAGGGUCUCCAGAAGAGCUCAUGGGGCCCUUCCAUGCAAUCAGGCUGGGGAAAAGUCCGAGGACGGAGCCCAGAGAAGCGAUCCAUUGAUCCCAUCCAGCGGCGGAUCCCUUUUAGGAGCCCCGGGAAGGCAAGAAGGCAGCCAGGCCGGGACUCAACCCGGAGCGGGGAGGCGCCUUGCCCUCCCUGCCGCGCAGCUGGGUUGGCUCUCGGGGCAGCACCGCCCGGCCUCCGCCUCCGCCUCCGUCCCUCCCCGCCCGGCCGUCCCGGCGCCGCCUGCCCCGUCCCGGUUUCCGCUGGCAGCCGAGCCGAGCCGAGCCGCGCCGUGCCAAGCGAGCAGACCGUGGACCCGGGCUUGGUACCUCGGUCCAGCAAGGCGGAGAAAGAGAGAAAAACUACAGCCCGUCGACAAACUCCAUCCAGCUGGAGACCCAGAAGUGACGUUGCAGGAGAGUUUAAGAAGUGCAGCAUGGCCAGGGGCUGCUUGUGCUGCCUGAAAUACAUGAUGUUCCUUUUCAAUUUGAUCUUUUGGAGGCUGUUGCGGCUUUUGUGUUACCCUUCCCCAGCAUUGCUUCCGGAGACCCUGUAAUUUGCUGAUCCAAGAGAAGCCGGCUCCCAGCACAUGUUUUCUCUCCGUGGGCCGCCCAUAAGGAUGAUGGAGAAAGCCCCACCAGCCACCAGAACUGGUGGCAAUUACGCAACAC